AAAAGGGCUGUCAUGUUGUACAACCCAGAGAGAGCUAUUCACAUUAUAGUUUAUGUGAAUGAUACUCAAGGGGUUAUGAAGUGAAGUCUAUAGCCUAUUAUAAAAACUUGUCCAAAUAAAGAGCUGAAGGGGUAAUGCAACAUAGGAAACCACUACCUAUUCAUUUCUUUUAUCAAAGACACAUGUUUUCCCCUUUCCUGUUUUAUUUGAUCUUAUAUCUUUAUACAUUUUAAAUUCUUCUGUUGAUGUUUUAGUGGGACUUGGGAAUGAAGCACGGAGAACUCUUAUGUUCAACCCAUCAUGUUACCCAUUAUGAAGUAAUCACUCCCAGCCUGCCUCCAUUGUGAAUUCUUUCUUAUUUGAUCAGAGUUAAACCCUAAGAGAGGUCUAUCAUUGCCAGCUUAAUCACUGUCAGCUCUCUAGAAAAUAGACUUCAAUUUUACGUUGCAAUGAUUAUUAAUCCACUAUUGCCUAUCUAUGUGCCCAACAAUUUGACUUGAAAACAUGUAGAGGAUUAUGGCAUCCAGCUGGCGGCGGGGGCUGCGCUGCCUCCCAGACCUCGAGGACCUGCUCAGUCAGCUGGGGCCCCCUGCGGACGGCUCCCUCCCUCGCCGCUAGGACCUGCCACUCUGCGCGGAAUGGCAGCCGCAGCAGCAUCUCCGCCAGCGGCGGCAGCGGCGGCAGCCACGGCCACCGCGGACGCUAUUGUUCCCUGGUGUUAAACGCGCUUUCCCUUCUUUUCAUCUGAAACGAACAAUAGCAGGGAAGAGCUUUGCUUUCUGAACUCCUUGGGAAGACGUUCCGAGGGCGAAGAAAAAUUCCCUGUCGACCGCGUUCCGGAUCUGGACCCUGGAGCGGCUGCGGGCGGCAUGGGGCUGCAAGCGAGGCGCUCGGCGUCCGGGAGCCCAGGGGCUGCGGGGCCGCGCAGGGGCGUCCUGCAGCUGCUGCCGCUGCUGCCGCUGCUGCUGCGCCCGGGCGCCUGCGGGGCUGCGGCUCCAGGCGAGGCUGAGGCCCCCACCCUCUAUCUGUGGAAGACCGGUCCGUGGGGCCGAUGCAUGGGAGAUGAAUGUGGUCCAGGAGGCAUUCAAACCCGGGCCGUGUGGUGUGCUCAUGUGGAAGGAUGGACGACAUUACAUACAAAUUGUAAGCAGGCUGAGAGACCCAAUAACCAGCAAAAUUGUUUCAAAGUUUGUGACUGGCACAAGGAGUUGUACGACUGGAGGCUGGGACCGUGGAAUCAGUGUCUGCCCGUGAUUUCAAAAAGCCUGGAGAAACCCCUUGAGUGCAUUAAGGGAGAAGAAGGCAUUCAGGUGAGAGAGAUAAUAUGCAUCCAGAAAGAGAAAGAUAUUCCUGCAGAGGAUAUCAUUUGUGAGUACUUUGAGCCCAAGCCUCUCCUGGAGCAGGCCUGCCUCAUCCCCUGCCAGCAAGAUUGCAUUGUGUCUGAGUUUUCUGCCUGGUCAGAAUGCUCCAAGACUUGCGGCAGUGGCCUCCAGCACCGGACACGUCAUGUGGUGGCGCCCCCCCAGUUUGGAGGCUCUGGCUGUCCAAACCUGACGGAGUUUCAGGUGUGCCGGUCCAAUCCGUGUGAAGCUGAAGAGAGCAUGUACAGCUUGCACGUGGGUCCCUGGAGCACGUGCUCAAUGCCCCACUCAAGACAAGUCAGACAAGCAAGGAGACGUGGGAAGAAUAAAGAACGGGAAAAGGACCGAGGAAAAGGAGUGAAGGAUCCAGAGGCCCGUGAACUUAUUAAGAAAAAGAGAAAUAGAAACAGACAAAAUCGACAAGAGAACAAAUACUGGGACAUACAGAUUGGAUAUCAGACCAGAGAGGUGAUGUGUGCUAACAAGACGGGCAAAGCUGCUGAUUUGAGCUUUUGCCAGCAGGAGAAGCUGCCAAUGACCUUCCAGUCCUGUGUGAUCACCAAAGAGUGCCAGGUGUCAGAGUGGUCAGAAUGGAGCCCCUGCUCAAAAACCUGCCACAAUAUGGCAUCCCCUAAAGGCGUUCGUGUAAGGACACGGAGCAUCAGGCAGUUUCCUAUCGGAAGCGACAAAGACUGUCCAGAACUUGAGGAGAAAGAACCCUGUGUGUCUCAAGGAGAUGCAGUCGCCCCCUGUGCCACGUAUGGCUGGAGGACCACGGAGUGGACCGAGUGCCGCGUGGACCCUCUGCUCAGUCAGCAGGACAAGAGGCGGGGCAACCAGACGGCCCUCUGCGGGGGAGGGGUCCAGACCCGAGAGGUGUACUGCGUGCAGGCCGAGGACAACCUCCUCUCGCGCUUGAACAGCCAGAAAGACAGAGAAGCCUCAAAACCAGUGGACUCAAAAUUGUGCACUGGCCCUGUCCCUAAUACUACACAGCUGUGCCACAUUCCCUGUCCUAUUGAAUGUGAGGUUUCACCUUGGUCAGCUUGGGGACCUUGUACUUAUGAAAACUGUAAUGACCAGCAAGGCAAAAAAGGUUUCAAACUGAGGAAGCGCCGCAUUACCAGUGAGCCCACUGGAGGCUCUGGGGGCACUGGGAACUGCCCUCACUUACUGGAAGCCAUUCCCUGUGAAGAGCCAUCCUGCUAUGACUGGAAAGCAGUGAGGCUUGGAGACUGUGAACCAGAUAAUGGAAAAGAGUGUGGUCCAGGCACUCAGGUUCAAGAGGUUGUGUGCAUCAACAGUGACGGAGAAGAAGUUGACAGACAGCUGUGCAGAGAUGCCAUCUUUCCCAUCCCUGUUGCCUGUGAUGCCCCGUGCCCCAAGGACUGUGUGCUCAGCACGUGGUCUACGUGGUCCUCCUGCUCACACACCUGCUCAGGGAAAACCACAGAAGGGAAACAGAUACGAGCACGGUCCAUUCUGGCCUAUGCGGGUGAGGAAGGUGGAGUUCACUGUCCGAACAGCAGUGCUUUGCAAGAGGUACGCAGCUGUAAUGAGCAUCCCUGUACUGUGUACCACUGGCAAACUGGUCCCUGGGGCCAGUGCAUCGAGGACACAUCAGUAUCGUCCUUCAACACAACUACAACUUGGAAUGGGGAGGCCUCUUGCUCUGUCGGCAUGCAGACCAGAAAAGUCAUCUGUGUGCGGGUCAAUGUGGGCCAAGUGGGACCCAAAAAGUGUCCUGAAAGCCUUCGGCCUGAAACAGUGAGGCCCUGUCUGCUUCCUUGUAGGAAGGACUGUAUCAUGACCCCAUACAGUGACUGGACACCAUGCCCUUCCUCGUGUAAAGAAGGGGACUCCGUAGUCAAGAAGCAGUCUCGGCAUCGGGUCAUCAUCCAGCUGCCAGCCAAUGGAGGCCGGGACUGCACAGAUCCUCUCUAUGAAGAGAAGGCCUGUGAGGCCCCUCAAGGGUGCCAAAGCUACAGAUGGAAGACUCACAAAUGGCGCCGGUGCCAGUUAGUCCCUUGGAGCGUGCAACAGGACAGCCCUGGAGCUCAGGAAGGCUGUGGGCCUGGACGACAGGCAAGAGCCAUUACUUGUCGAAAGCAAGAUGGAGGACAGGCUAGCAUCCAUGAAUGCCUCCAGUAUGCAGGCCCCGUGCCAGCCCUCACCCAAGCCUGCCAGAUCCCCUGCCAAGAAGACUGUCAGUUUACCAGCUGGUCCAAGUUUUCUUCGUGCAAUGGAGAUUGUGGUGCAGUUAGGACCAGAAAGCGCACUAUUGUUGGAAAAAGUAAAAAGAAGGAAAAAUGUAAAAAUUCUCAUUUGUACCCCCUGAUUGAGACUCAGUAUUGUCCCUGUGACAAAUAUAAUGCACAGCCUGUGGGGAACUGGUCAGACUGCAUUUUACCAGAGGGGAAAGUGGAAGUGUUGCUGGGAAUGAAAGUACAAGGAGACAUCAAGGAAUGUGGUCAAGGAUAUCGUUACCAAGCAAUGGCGUGCUACGAUCAAAAUGGCAGGCUUGUGGAAACGUCCAGAUGUAACAGCCAUGGUUACAUCGAAGAGGCCUGCAUCAUGCCCUGCCCGUCAGACUGCAAGCUCAGUGAGUGGUCCAACUGGUCGCGCUGCAGUAAGUCCUGUGGGAGUGGUGUGAAGGUUCGGUCUAAAUGGCUGCGUGAAAAACCGUAUAAUGGAGGAAGGCCUUGCCCCAAACUGGACCAUGUCAACCAGGCACAGGUGUAUGAGGUCGUCCCUUGCCACAGUGACUGCAGCCAGUACAUAUGGGUCACAGAGCCGUGGAGCGUCUGUAAGGUGACCUUUGUGAACAUGCGGGAAAACUGUGGAGAGGGCGUGCAAACCCGAAAAGUGAGAUGCAUGCAGAACACAGCAGAUGGCCCUUCUGACCACGUAGACGAUUACCUCUGUGACCCAGAAGAGAUGCCCCUGGGCUCUAGAGAGUGCCAAUUACCAUGUCCUGAGGACUGUGUGAUAUCUGAAUGGGGUCCAUGGACCAGAUGCACUUUGCCUUGCAAUCAAAGCAGUUUCCGGCAAAGGUCUGCUGAUCCCAUCAGACAACCUGCUGAUGAAGGAAGAGCCUGCCCUGAUGCUGUUGAGAAGGAACCCUGUAACCUGAAUAAAAACUGCUUCCACUAUGACUAUAACGUAACAGACUGGAGUACAUGUCAGCUGAGUGAGAAAGCAGUUUGUGGAAAUGGCAUUAAAACAAGGAUGUUGGAUUGUGUUCGAAGUGAUGGCAAGUCGGUUGACCUGAAAUAUUGUGAAGAGCUUGGCCUGGAGAAGAACUGGCAGAUGAACACAUCCUGCGUGGUGGAAUGCCCUGUGAACUGUCAGCUUUCCGAUUGGUCUCCUUGGUCAGAGUGUUCGCAAACAUGUGGCCUCACAGGAAAAAUGAUCCGAAGACGAACAGUGACCCAGCCCUUUCAGGGUGAUGGAAGACCAUGCCCUGCCCUGAUGGAACAGUCCAAGCCUUGCCCAGUGAAGCCCUGUUACCGUUGGCAAUAUGGCCAGUGGUCUCCAUGCCAAGUACAGGAUGCCCAGUGUGGUGAAGGGACCAGAACAAGGAACAUUUCCUGUGUAGUGAGUGAUGGGUCAGCUGAAGAUUUUAGCAAAGUGGUGGAUGAAGAAUUCUGUACUGACAUUGAACCUAUUAUAGAUGGCAAUAAGAAAAUGGUUCUCGAGGAAACCUGUACCCAGCCUUGCCCAGGUGACUGUUACUUGAAGGACUGGUCUUCGUGGAGCCUGUGUCAGCUGACCUGUGUGAACGGUGAGGACCUAGGCUUUGGUGGAAUUCAGGUCCGUUCCAGAGCUGUGAUUAUACAAGAACUAGAAAAUCAGCAUCUGUGCCCAGAGCAACUGUUAGAAACAAAAUCCUGUGAUGAUGGACAGUGUUAUGAAUAUAAAUGGAUGGCUAGUGCUUGGAAGGGCUCUUCCCGAACAGUCUGGUGUCAAAGGUCAGAUGGUGUAAAUGUAACAGGGGGCUGCUUGGUGGUGCGCCAGCCUGAUGCUGACAGGUCUUGUAACCCACCGUGUAGUCAACCCCACUCGUACUGUAGCGAGACGAGGACAUGCAGUUGUGAAGAAGGGUACACCGAAGUCAUGUCUUCUAAUGGUACACUUGAGCAAUGCACACUUAUUCCUGUGGUGGUGAUACCCACCAUGGAGGACAAAAGAGGAGAUGUGAAAACCAGUCGGGCAGUACAUCCAACCCAACCCUCCAGUAGCCCAACAGGACGGGGGAGAACCUGGUUUCUACAGCCUUUUGGGCCAGAUGGGAGACUAAAGACCUGGGUUUACGGCGUAGCAGCUGGGGCAUUUGUGUUACUCAUCUUUAUUAUCUCCAUGAUUUAUCUAGCUUGCAAAAAGCCAAAGAAACCCCAAAGAAGGCAAAACAACCGACUGAAACCUUUAACCUUAGCCUAUGAUGGAGAUGCAGACAUGUAAAAUAUAACUUAUCCUAGCAACAGCCACUGUCAGCUUUCUGACUUUGCAGUAGAUGUCCAGAGGCCACAAACCUAUUCAAACUGUGUGGAUUAAAAUUCAUUGUAACUUUAUAAAAGAGCAUCAUAAAAAGAGUGAAAAUCACGGUGCCAGUGGAGAUAUCAAGACAAGUACCACUUACAUAGAAACCAUCAGCCCUGAGAAUUCUAGCAGAUUUAGUUGAAUACAUGCUGCAUUCUGAGAGUCUUAUGUGAUCUUCUCUGAAAUCUACCAACUGACAAUUCACUUUCAUCUCUACAAUAUGGUGGUGGAGUUGGUCAGUUAGGACGCCCAAUGUAAGCCUCUGUCUGCAGUUAACCUAUAGUACCAUUUUAGCAUGAAGAGUUCAUACCAAGAUCUCUACAAUACUAUAGUUAAGCAUAACAACAUGUAUACUCAAUUGAAUGAUACACAUUAUUAUGUCAGAUUAGAUACUGGUUAAUAAGCAAUUUUAAUGGUGAAUGAAAGAUAAGCUCUAAGCUGAGCAGAAAACCCCUCGAAUAAAUUCAGCAUCUUGGUGGUUGAUGGUGGCUUUUAUUGACCUGCAUUUCAGAGGCAAAGACUCUUUUAUAAGACUUAAUUCUUGUCUCUCUCCAAAGUAUGAAUGCUGGACAUGUACUAGUACCUUAGAAGAGUCCUUAAGUUCAGUAUUUUCUAGUGGUUAUUGUCUGAAAAACUAAUUUGCUUGUGUUAAUAUCUUUCUACUUUCCCUAAUUUUCAAACUGGUUGCCUGCAUCUUUUUUGCUAUAUGGAAGGCACAUUUUUGCACUAUAUUAGUGCAGCAUGAUAGGCACUUAACCAGUAUUGCCAUAGAAACUGCCUCUUUUCAUAUGGGAUGAAGACACCUGUGCUAAGAGUGUCAUGGAGACAUAUAUAAGUUCUUGUAUCCUGAAGAGAGUAAAGUUCAGUUUGGAUGGCGACAGGAUGGAAUUAGCUGUUACAUCUGCUGUAUACGCUCUUCCUCAUCACUGCAGCCAUUGUGAAAUCGACGACAUGGCGGUAACUUAAGUGUUUAAGUCCCGAACUCAUUAACCCUCCAAAAGGUGGAUCUCUCUAGGUGGUUUUUAAUUGUACUUUGAAGGCUGUUUAUGACUAGAUUUUUAUAUUUGUUAUCUUUGUUAAAAAAAGAAAAGAAAAGAAAAAAAGGGGCUGGUUGUCUUUUAAUUUUGAGCAGAUGGAGAAAAUAAUGUUUUGAUGAUUUUUGUAGCUAAAAGAAAUCAAAAUUGUGUGUUGCUUUUUCUUUCUCCCUGAUUUGUUUUCAUAGUUUCAGAAUGAAUGUAUUUCAAAAUUCGUAGUUGUGUCUUUCUCACUGGUAAAAGUUGAAGAGGUCUUUUUAACAUAUGAUUCAAAAACUAAAAUUUUUAAAAGAGAAGAAUAAGUAUUUUGUCCAGGGCUUCAUAAAAUAUCUAGCCCAAGAAUAGUAAACUUUUUUGGAAAAGGGCCAAAUGGUAAAUACUUUCAGCCAGGUCUAUGUUGCAAGUUCUCAAUUCUACCAUUGUGAGAACACAGCCAUAGACAAUAUACAGGGAUAAAAGAAUGAGCAUGGCUGUUUUCCAAUAAAAAAAAGUCGGCAGGCCACAUUGACAGGUCGUGGUUUGCUGACCACUAGUCUAGAAGUUUUUUCAAUGCUAACCCUCCAUUGUGUCAUCUUUAGUUUUCAUUCAUUCACCCUCAGACUGUGAUCAGUGUUUAAUUUCAAAGGUGAAAAGCAGUCAUUAAACUUAUCACUGUGUUGGAUGCAGCUAUAUUUUUCACAGACGUAGCCCUGAGAAUGGCACAGUGAAUUAAUAUCUAACUUGGCAGACUUCUUUCAUAUGAAAAGAAAAUUCAAAAGGUGCCAUUAAGAAGCAAUACCUUUUUCAGGCGACAUUUACUGCAACAACCUUGGGGAGAGGGCAGGACAUUAGGUUUUCAGGUCUUUUAAAAAUAGUAUAACAAGCUAUUUUAUCUUAUAGCUGUGUUCCUAUAAAAGUGGUUUGGACUAGAAGGUAUUUUACCUUCAUACUAGGACUUGAACUCCCCCUGCUGUUCAUUAGAGUAUUUGCAGAAAUUACAAAAGACAUCAGAUUAGGAUGUCAUUGUCCCCAAAAUGAACAGAUUUCUACAAAUUUCAAUAAGAAUUAAACGUGGUAAGCACUAAUUCCUUAUUCAAUGUCCACUGUAUUAGGUAAUGUCAAUCAUUUCAAAGGAAGCAGGUGGUCAGGAAGAUGAGAAUUUUACCUUAAAUCAAGGAUUUAAACAAGGAAAAGCAUGAAAACAAAUUAAUUCCAAAUCAUUUGUCUUAUUGAAGAGGAAGACAAAAAUAAUAUUGUUACUCUAAAACUUUGAUUGUCAAUAUAUGUAUUCAGGAGUCUUUCAGAUAAUCCUCAUGUUGAUCUCUUUGAAUAAAAUGAACUCCAUUUGUCCAAAAUCCUUGAGAAAGAAUCUAUUGCAGUUACCUGAAGAAUUCAGCAAACAGCCUUAUGAAAUGUCUGCAACACGUAAUAACUUUGAAAUGAUUGAAUAGAAUAAGAUAUUGUUGCUACUAAAGCUGUACUUACAAUAUUGUAAAAUGUCACUAAUUCAGAAGGCAGAUGAGUAUCAUCCUAUGCAUAUGUUAAGAAUUAAAUGAAUUAAUUGACCAAAAUUAUAAAAUGGUGUGAACAUACAAGAUGAUUUUAUUCACAAAUUGGUUACAUUUUAUGACACUGUGGAGGAGACUAGGUUCAAUGUGCCCUAACACGUUCAUUGUUAGGAUAAAUAAAUCCUGGAGGGCCUCUUGUUAGAAAGGUGACUGGACGGGAAUGCAGCUAGCUAUCUACAAAUUUUUGGACAAAUGAAGGUUACUGUAUUCAUGUUUAUAACGUGAAAAUGGCCUUAUUUUUGUUCCUGUCAUGAGUCAAUAAUGAGUUCAAUACUUUGUUGGAAUUUCAUCAAAGUCCCUUCUCUCCCUAUUCCCUCUAAGAAUUCAGGAGUGGAAUAUACCUUGUCUAUUGACACUUCUGCUUUACCAAAAUGGUCUGUGAGCCCAGAAAGAUCUAGAACUACCGGUCUAUAAGUGGGAAGGUCUGCUUGGUUUAAAAUAAAAAAAAAGAAGAGAGAAAAAUAUAGACACAAUAUCAUACGCUUUUGUUGGGCUCUCUCCAUAUAAACCACAUAGAAAUGGCGUAACUGAUGUCUUGAAAAGGUUGACUUGCUUGUUCAUCGAUACCUAAUCUAGGAUAUUGGCCAUAAUCCUUAUUUCAAAGCCUUUUUGAGGACACUACAGUAUAGCUUAAGCUAAUUUGAAAAGGAGUACAUAAAAGCAUGUUCUUAAUUACUUAUAACAAAGCACAAGUUACUUAUAACAGGACAAGUAUUUAUUGAAUUAUCACAUGUAAGACACUCUGCUAGGCACUGUAAAAAAUUUAGGAAUGGCUUUUGUAUACAGACAUAUCUAAGACAUUCAAAAGGAGGAGAAAAAUGCUUAACAAGUGAUGAUAGCACUGAAACACAUUACCCUUUACUCUGGAUUUGUUUGUCGCUGUGGUUAGUAUUUUUCCUCAUGUAACGUCCAUGUCUUAGGCCCUGCUGUCAGGCUUCUCUUGUAUGCCUCUCCACCCUCAGGGACGGUACGUGGCCAUGGUCCUUGUGGCUUAAUCAGAACUCUCUUAAGUUCCUGGACAUUUCAAGAUAAAGUGAUUUCUUUAAAACUUCUCGCUGGAAGCAAGUAACACCUCUCACAAAUUUUUUCUUGCCUCCUCUAACUCCCUGUUCUUGACCUUUUAUGAUGAUUCUCUCUGCCUGGUCUCUCUCUACUCUGCUCUCUUAUCAACACUCUGCUCUCUUAUCAACACUAACCUUGUCUACUUCCCUCAGAACCACCUUCUACUAAACAUGCUCAAAUUUUUAAUAAGAAAAAAAGAGGUGAAUAUCUAUAUUUCCUUCCUAUUGGAGUCAAAGUGUCACUUAGAAUGUGAACAUUUUGAUUUAAACAGAAUGGACUGGUCAACGAGAUGAGUAAAAAACAAAGGAAAGCUGUGGAACACAUGCCAAAAGAAAAAAGAAAAAUAGACCCUUUUCUGUAAAAAUGUCAGUUGCCACGCUGGACCCUCCGGCUCUGCUUACGUCCAUCUGACCUCUCUUCACAUCCUUCCCUACGUGAGGGACGCUGCACCUUUCAAUCCUUCCAGAAAGGAGAGCCCAUCUUAGGCUGAUUUGGGGUCUGAAUAGAUUUGCAAGAAUCAGGCUUCCCAAAGGAUUUGAGGUCUCACUAUUUAUAAAAAUAUUACCAAAUGCAAAUGAGUUUCCAGUUUCAUUUCCCCUCUAAGAUUAAGGACGUUGAGAAGAGAGCAAUCCAUGAACAAACCUGUGAGGAAUCUUGUCAGAGAGUCACCUGUCCUGGGUCUAGAUUAGAUGUGAGAACUGACACCUCUACCCGUCCCCCCGGUCCUGUCCUCAGAAGGCCGUGACGGCAGAACAGGAUUUGGGACAUCUGAAACUGGAGUGUGGGCCUAGCAAAUAUUACUCUUUAUAAAAAGGAUGAUAAUUCUGUAUCUAGCAGGGACGCUGACAAAUGGUUAUGUCUACAUUAUCAAAUGAGUAAAACAACUGCUACAUAGAUAGAGUUAAUUUUGUAGUUUUAUGUUUUUGUUCUUCUCCCGAGCCAGAUCUUAAAAUGGGCAGUAUAUGGAGACUUUUAUUUGUGGGAGUCAUUUUUUCAGGGAUCAAAAAUCUCUAGUCUAUUUAGAAUAAAAUUGGGUACCAGUCUUAUUGUUGUGUUUUGUAGAUGUCCCUUUGUUUUUAAAAGAGGUAGUUUCUAGAUCAUCUACUUUGAACUGUCAAUGAACUUUUCCCAACUAUUUUUCAGGAAUCUAUGCAUGUUUAUUUUUAAAAAGUAAACAUUAAGAUUCCCUUUCUGGUACUUUUUCCUGCCUAUUUCUAGCACAGAAAUUUGAAGAGAUCAGUAUCUGUCAUUGUAAAAUAAAACUUUAUUAAAUUUGCAAUAUAUCUUUCUAUAAAUUAUAAUCCCCUAAAUGUGUUUUUCGAUUAAUUUAAUUACCUGAAUAUUUAUUUUGUUUAAUUAAGGAGGCAGCUGUCUAAGAAAUUUUUGUUAAUAUUGCUUUGUAAAUUGUGUAAUGUAAUUUAUUUUAAAUUAUGUACAUUUCUUUUUUAACGCACAAAAUGUCUAUGUACAAUUAACUACAGAUUUGCAAAUAAUGUCACUAAGCUUUAUUCAGUUAAUACAGAUGGCAUGUGAAGAUGUAAUAUGCUUUUUUACAUUUUCAUAUGGAUUAUUUGUAAAUAACUAUGUUGCUGACAAACAUAAACACAAAUCAUUUUCAUUCUA